AACAUAAUUUGAUCCCGAUGCUUUAAUUUCUUCUUUGCAUUUCGAUUCUCUUUCUAUUUUGUUCGAUCUGUAUAAUCUGCAUAUGUUUUCGCAUCAGUAGUUCCUAUUGCUCGAUGCCUGUCUCACCGUAGUAAGAAUGCAUUGAUCUUGAAUUGGGAAUGCUACCAUAAUUCAUCGGUGUUCUUGCUUCGAUCAGUAUACUGUUUGAUGAUUUGCCCGUACAAGUCGCAUAGUCUUGUUAAGAAAUUAGGAUCAGCAUCGCUAGAAUUUAUUAUCGGUGGUUUACUGGAUUGCUUCUGAGCUUCGAAGUGGUAUGUGGGACUGGCAAGACGAAGAUUGUUGCCUGGCCAGAGAUUCCCGGCUUGGUUUGUCUCAUUGCCCGUGGGAUGACGAUAACCAAAAAAAUGAGAGUCUGCUGAAUGUCCUGGUGAAUCAAACUCCAAUUAGAGAUUGUGGCUUGGAUGUCAUUGAUGCAGUCGCAGGUAAGACUAAGAGAGGUCUCGAAGAACAUAAAGAGGCAUCACAAGUAAAAAGGCGUCGGGUUCUACGAUUUCCUUCUGUUGCUGACGGUGCCACAGCUGACAAUGGACAGCCGUCUUCUGCACCAGUACGUUCCAAGGGUGACUCCAUGGUAGUAGAUGGAUGGCCAGAAAAUUUACAGUGGAAUCCCAUCUGGAGUUCAGGUGAUAGUUUUCUGUUUAGCAAUGAAGUCUUGGACCAAUCAUCAGAUGAGUGGCUAGAGAACUAUUUUAAUGAUAGUGAUAUGUAUUGCAGCUCUAAUGAAAUGUCUUCCAGUAACAAUGAACGUAUCGAGCCCAAUGAUCAAGUUGAUGUUGCAGAUUUCUGCAAUGUAGAACCUGAUACAAGGACUAUUGUCAUCCCCAAAACCCCCAAGGCUUCUACUGUUAAGAUUUUUACGGGUAGAAGAUCUCAUAUCAAUUCUCCCAUAAAGUUAACUACCUCUGUUGCUUAUCCUUUUAGCCUCGUGAAACCAUCUGAAGUCCAAGGGCACUUGACCUUGAAAGACAUAAAUCAGCGGAUUCAUGCUCCGCCACCAUCAAGAUCAAUCGACAAGAAGGACAAUAACCCUUCCAUUAUUUAUCCAACCUCUGCUUUUUCUGGGAAGCCUGUGGUUGUGAAAACUAAGAUUCUCACCCAAGGGGGAAAAGGAAGCAUUACAAUCCUAAGAACCAAAGGCUGAGCAGGUGGCCUUCUUUUAAAUAAGAUUAGCAGUCAGCGAAUGUGCUGAGGCAUCACCAAGAUCCUGAUCACCAAAGGCUGACCUCAUAGGUCCAAUUCUAAAUCAUUUUUUGUGCAUGGCAUGUCAUCGAUUCUUUGUUUCUGUCAAUUUUAUUGAUUAAUUUGUGGGUGGCAAUUGUGUUGCUCCUGAAUGGAAUGCGUUAACUUGCCUUUUGCUGGGUCUAAUUUUGUGUACUUGGGCAUUUGAGUGAAACAAUAGAGUCCUUUUGAUUAAGAAAAAGAUGGUAUUGUUCUUGAACAAGUUUGCUUUUCUCCUGAUUGUUUUAAUUGU